AUGAAUGGCAGACUUCGAUGGAACAAAGCACGAGCUAAGAAGCAACAAAAGAUAAGAAUGAAUAACCAAAAAAUCACAAAUAAUUCGAAGCCACUUUAUCAUAAAAAUGGUGAAACGGUGAUUGAAUUGAUUCGCUCCUCUCCAGUUACUGUCUUUUUAAUUGGUUUCGUACCUCCUAUAAUCGGUGCUUCUGCUGCAAUCAUUAUAGCAUUAAUUUUUGACAGUGAACUAAUUAGCAAUUAUAAUUGGCAAUGUGGGAGAGCCCGAUUACCGUCACUAUCACGAAUAAUAAAUUUACCAGCAGAAAGAAUACUCUGGCAAUUUCUAGUACUUGUGCACAUACCUGCCCGUUUGAUCGAAUUGUUUACUGGCUUUUGUCGCUAUGGUCGUUUAAUGAAUGUAAAUUGUCAACAGAAACGAUUUUAUGAAUUCGCUCGAUACGCAUAUUUUUAUAUUGGCAUUGCAGAAUUAUUAUUUAUGAUUGGUUUGUCUCUUCUUGGAGAACGUGAAAAUAUUCAAGCUCAUGUAAUCCUCUUUUAUAUAUUUGGAUUCUGUGGUAUAGGUUUCUUCUUAUCAAAUCUUAUUUGCCACCGACAAUCGUUGUAUUUCCUUCCUCCAUAUGGGCAUUUGUCAUAUUAUUUGAAAACAACGUUUUGUGUCAUUUAUUUAUUGUCAGUGCCAAUCCUACUUAUUUCUUUUUUACUUUAUUGGAAAGGCUGUGUUACUGGAGCAUAUGAUGUAUUUGCAAUAUGCGAAUAUAUUGCUGUGUUUUUAAAUAUUGCAUAUCAUGGCUGUGCAUUUUAUGAUAUCCGAUAUAAAGUGAUAUUUAGCGUUCGACUGAUCGAUGUUUCAACCUUAUCAGGAAAUCAGUGUUACAACCUUUCUUAA